GACCGCUCCACUGUGUGGACACAAAAAACUGCGAAAUCGAGGAGAAGGACAGCGCCCAGAAUAACUCUAUCGAACUGUGUGGAGCAUCUUGCUGGACAUGGGAUUCCUGCCAAACACUCCGACCUGUCGGACUUCCAAAGAGAGGACAUGUCCUUUGGUUUAUUAAAACCUCAGUGCCACAGUCAGCCCGGCCAGCAUGCUCCAGUAGUGACAGGACCCCCCAACCAGUCAGCAGCACUGUUUGAUCCAAGAGAAACGUGCCUUGUAAGGAAGCAGGAUGUUCACAGGCUCCACCAAGCUGCCCCCUGCCAAAACCCCCCAGCCUGAACGGCUGGACGAGGUGUACGCUGCCUUACGUCGAGGCUUACAGUCGUACUUGCAGGUGCACCAACUGGAGCUGGACAGUUUGGGCCAGCAGAUCAGAGAAAACAAGAGGAAUGGUCGACUGGGCUCUUUGUAUGAGCAGGACAAGCAAGUGAAAGCCAUAGAGAGAUUCAUGCGCCGCUUGGAAUUCCACCUCAGCAAGGUAGAGGAGCUGUAUGAUGCUUACUGCAUACAGCGGCGACUUAGAGACGGCGCAAGUAAAAUGGUGGCAGCCUUUAACUCUGCCACUGGAAGUAAAGAGGCCAGGGAGAGCCUGAGUGAGGCAAACAGAGGCUUCAGGGAAUGCACAGAGCAUAUGUGCUCACUGGAGAGUGAACUGGAAAGCCACAUGGGAGAGUUUCAUGUCAAGAUGAAGGGCCUUGCUGGCUUUGCCAGGCUAUGUGCUGGUGACCAGUAUGAGGUGCUAAUGCGUUACGGGCGGCAACGCUGGAGGCUACGGGGUCGCGUAGAAGUCAGCAACAAGCAAAUAUGGGACAGCGAAGAGUACAUUUUCAUGCCUCUUGUCACGGAACUCCUGUCCAUUAAGGUGACAGAGCUGAAGAGUCUGGCCAAUCACGUGGUGGUGGGUAGUGUGUCCUGUGAAAUGCUCGACCUGUUCUGCCCCCUGCCGCAGACACUUGCCGUGGACAUCAACGACCUGGGAACGGUGAAGCUCAACUUGGAGGUCACUUGGAGUCCAUUUGAUAAGGAUGACCAGACAUCAUCCACCAGUACAGUUUCCAAACGUCUGCUGUCCAAUCAGAGCCCUCCAGACACGCCCUCCAUGCGGGAGCAAGUGUUUUAUUCUCUGCUGAAGCGACAAGGAGAGCUUGACAACGGCACCGUUUGGUCCAACUCCUCCGAAUCCUCUGACGACUCCUCCAGCCCGGCGCUGGCCCACCACACUCAGAGGCUGUCGGCCUCCAACAUACUGCAGAGUGCCGUCACCGCUCCACUGUCGCUCACGGCGCACAAGUCCAGCGUAUCGACGCCGUCGCUUUCAUCCAACCAGGAGGAGGAUGAGAGCGAAGCUGGCGAGGUUUUCUCUCAGAGAGAUUCGGUGCACAACGGCCACCCGCAGACUUCCUUCUCCGGGAGCCAAGUCGGCGAGACUGGCCCAGAAUGUACUGUGACGGACAGGCUGUCCGUUCAAUCAGAGGUUCUGAAAACCUCGGCAGAGCUGAGCUGCUCAUGCUCUGAUGUUUCCUCCACUGUCGCCGAGUCCUUAGAGAGGACGGACGAAUGUGGUAGCAUGCAUGCUAACAAUCCACCCGAGGACUCCGCAGUCUGCACCAAAGCAGGGACCACAGAGGCUGGGGGACCGAGGCAGCUGGAUCUCAAACAAUCUGAUGGAGCUACAACUGUCCCUUUUCCCACUUCUUCGAGUUUCACUCAGGAAGUGGAGACGGCUCUUGAGAGCUUUGACUUUCUUAACUGUUCUGACCUGGAGGAUGAAGAGGAAGCUGAGCAUCAAGAGGAAGCUGAGCAUCAAGAGGAAGCUGAGCAUCAAGAGGAAGCUGAGCAUCAAGAAGAAGCUGAGCAUCAAGAAGAAGCUGAGCAUCAAGAGGAAGCUGAGCAUCAAGAGGAAGCUGAGCAUCAAGAGGAAGCUGAGCAUCAAGAAGAAGCUGAGCAUCAAGAAGUGGUGGAGCACCAAGAAGAGUCUGAGCAGCAAAAGGAAGAGGUUGAGACACAAGAGGAAGACAAAGUAGAAAAUCAAGCAGGUGAGGAGCAGCACGUGGAAGAUGACAACAUGACUGAACAAGAGAAGAUAGAAGAGGCGGAGGAGGAAAAGGACAAAGAUAACUUCUACUCUGGAGGAAGCAGCGAUGAAGAGGGAGGAGACGGCUUGGAGUUCCUUAUGGAGGCUCCAGAGGGAUUUAGGAACUCUGAUGAAGAUGGGAUUUCUGAAUCACAGGAGUCAAGUAUGGAAGAGGAACAGGAUUUGGGUCAAGUGCAACUGCCUGAGGAGGAGCCUAGUGAGGAAAACGGAGACGACCAACACCAGGAGGAGAGGUCGCAAGAUGCUCAGGAGGAGGACCGCCCCCCUACCCCCAGCCACUUGGCCACCACUGUGUUCCAAUGACACACAGUAUGGAACCACCACCGUGUUCUUAUGACACACGGCGUAGAACCACAGUCCAACCAUUUCCACUCGUCUAAUGUGCUCAUUGCCAAGACCCACUCACUUGACAAACAAGCUCUUCCAUUGCUGCAGAGUUUGUGCACGUAUUUGCCUUGUUCCGAGUCUUUUAAUGGCAUUGCGUUGCCUGCAUUAAUACCACUUUUGUUUUAAGAAAUCCACUAAAAGCAGACUUGGAUUAAUUUGUUCCAUUUAUUUAAGUGAUCAAACAGUGGAAAGGAUGUAUUUCCCUACACAGCAUCCAAUCGGUCGCUGGGGUAAACAAAGGAAGACAUUCCAAGCUUCUAAACUUGCAGUAUUGAUGGACAGGGGAUGUUUUGCAGUGUUUUCCAGCAAGCCAAGCUCUUAGGAAGGACUCCAUGAGCAUGUGAUGUUUGUCAUUGCUACAGCGCUGUGGGGUUAUUUCCACAGCGCUAAUGUAUUUUACUUGUGUGACUGUCUUUAAGCUACACCAGGACUUGAGCUGCCUUAUGACCACACCUUUUUUAAGGAUUUAAUUUCCACACUUGCAGGAUUGGAGUUCAUAUUAAUGCAAUUUGCUGUGUAAAGGUAUUAUUCAAACCUGCAUGUGUAGACGCCUCACACUGCCAGCAUGUCCGCUGUAAAACGCUCAUCUGUUUAAAAAAAAAAAGUCGGUCCAAAUGAGGUCUCUUCAAGAGUAGCCUCAGUGGGGCGCUUUUGUGUCUCAGCAUUAUUUUGCUUUACGUCAUCAUGCAAAACGCCUCUUCAUUCAGAAAGUGCCUCGAGUGAUGGAUUUAAGGUUGUAAAAAAAAAAAAAAAAAAAAAAAGGUGAACAGGCAAAAAGUUAAGUGUUUAUUUUGGAAUUACUUCAAAGAGUGUUCACCAUAAGAGAUAUUUACUGUUGACUGUUUCAUAUAAAGAAUUGUAUAUGUCCUGAAAUGUUUAUGUUAAGAAAUGUUCAAACUUUAUAAAGUUUUCUUUUAAAUGAA